CUUUAUUGCCUAUAUACAAUCUGUGAUUCUAAUCUUUAAAGUAUUUGUUUCUUCGGACGACUAGACUCUUUAUUUCGGGCAACAUGACACAGGUGCCGGGCGACUUGACAUCGGGUGAGAUGACUCUCGGGCGAUUUUACUUGUUACCGUUGGUAGAGUACUGCACCGGUAUCGUAUAGGUCAUGGGUUCAAAUCCCGUACACGACUGAAUCUUUUUUUUCAGGCCUUAUUUUCACUAUUGCUUAAGUACUGUUCAUUUCUGUAACUAUCCCUUUCACAUUCGUUAUCUGUAUUGUUUUCCUCUAACAGGGCCGCUCUGGAAAUCACGUCUGUGACGGUAAAUGGUCACGCAAGGGUGAAAAGCUACAUAACCAAACAAGAAAUCAUUGUAUUUUGAUGACGUAGGACAUGUCGACCCUUGUCUUUUCCUCGGUUUGGAGACUGUCUAAUCCCCUUUGGCGUUCAGUCAGAAAAAUGUCAGUAUGUUUCUCGUCAUCCCAAACGUCUUCGACCAAAGACAGCAUUUUUGAACGAAUACCUAGAGAGAAGCUGGUGCCGAAUAUCAGGUCGGGGCUUCGAGACAGGGAGUUCCUCUCUGGCUCUGUGGAUGGAGGUUUCCCAGAGUUCUUAGGAGUACCAGGUGACUCUUUCCCCCUCGGAUUGCGAAUCAUUAACGGGAAUCAGUUCUCUCUGGGAGAGUUGAGUGCAAAAUGUAUGGAAUACGUGCAGGAAAACAACUCUCAAAGCCCUGCGAUCGUGUUUCGCGGAUUACCUGCAAAAACGGCAGAAGAUUUCUUGACUAUAACCCAAGCUAUCAAGGGGAAACCUCUGAGUUAUGCGGGUGGUAACGUUCCCAGGCCGCGUGCCAUAGAAAACUCUGAGAUCUACCAAGCUACAACUGAAGAUCAAGCUGUAACGAUCGAAUUGCAUCAUGAAAUGGCAUAUAGUAGUUCCUUUCCAUCAAAGGUGUUCUUUUUUUGCUUGCAAGAGCCCGCAGACGGUUGUGGUGGUGAGACACCGCUGGCCAAGAGCAGCGAAAUUCUUCUCAAACUGGAUCCUGAAGUCGUGAGGAAGUUUCAAAGUAAAGGAGUGAAGUACGCAGGUUAUUGGCCCGACAAAUCUCGCGCAGAAUACAUGAGCUGGCAGCAGCAGUAUUACACUGAUAAUAAAGAGGAGGCGGAAAAGAAAGCCAAGCAACUUUAUGACACGGUUAUAUGGGACGACAACGGUGAUAUGCACUGGUCCAACGUGAAGCCUGCCUUCCUUCGUCAUCCGAAAACGGGAGAAGAUAUCUGGUUUAACCAAGUGACAAUCCACCAUCAUACCUAUUAUAACUCAUUGCCAAUGUUCAAGAGCAUCGAGCUCCCGCCCCACAAAUAUCCAUGUACGGUCUAUUAUGGAGACGGUAGCACCAUCGAGCCUGAAGUGAUCCAACACUUGAGAGCUGUGUCAUGGUCAUGCGCAGUUGGAUUUCGGUGGAGGAAGGGUGAUUUGUUAGUGUUGGAUAAUCUGACUGUUCAGCACGGACGAAUCGGCUUCACAGGAAAGCGAGAAAUACUAGUGCAUUUGAUGACUGACUGAACGUCAGUGCUUACGAGAUGUUUUAUAUCAAGUCUUGAUCACGAAAAAUUUCCCAGUGUUUUGACUUUGAAUCAUUUUCUCUUUCAAUUGUAAAAGUAACAUUCAACAUAUAGAUGAUGAUUUUGAUAUCUUUGACACUCUUUUGAUUAAGUGUCGGACAGAAAUCAAAUCUUUACUGGCCGAUCAGAACGAAGGUCUAACGCUUGAUUCCUGAAGGGGACUCCCCAGGUUUUUCUUUGUCCCGCGCUAGUGGUAUGACGAGUACACAUCUUUCUCGGAUGAAAUUGCACUUUCAUUUGAAAAAAAGAGAAAUCAACUACAAUUCACUUUGGUAACGAGACAAAACCCGGGUAAUUUGGAAAAGUCGGCUUGCCUCCAAAUAUCCAGACCCGUUAACCCAUUAUCUCCCAGAAGUGAUUAACAUGUAUCUUCUCCCUAUAGUAUUUAUACAUUAUCCAUCAAUGAGGUAGUGAGAUUAACCUGACUUAUCAGGUACAAGAUAUUAUCUUGAUUAAACACCAAAUUCUCGUAACCAAUUUACAAGGAAAUUUGUAGCAGCUGGUGGGGAGAUUUAACAGUCAGAUCUUGGGGGUUAAAGGGUUAAGUAAGCGAAAAAUGAAAGUGUUUGUUUUCCUUAGAUCUUCACACAGCAUUAUCAAACUUAUAAAGUGGAUUUAACAUUUUUUAUCUUAUACUUAAAAAAAUUCCGCCUAU